GGCGGCCGCCCAGCGCCGGUCCCCGCGCCGCCCGGCCCGGCGUUCCCCCGGCGCGCGUCCCGCAGCGGCGGGAGGCCCCGGCUCCGCGGCGCGCCCUCUCGGCGCACCUCCGCGGCCGGCUAGGCAUUUUAGGAGAUAAGGGGAGGCUGCCGAUUACGCAGAAGUACCAUCCCACUCAUCUGGAAGAGCCCUCCAAAUAUCCUAGAAUUCCAUACAAGCAGCAAUAUGGAAAAGAAGCUAGUAUUGCCAAAGUGAUCUGGAUUCAGGAAUAGAUGGAAAAGGCCUUCAAUCAAAAAUUUCUUAAGUUACAAAUGCAUUUAAACAAUGAUCGAGUCAUGCUGCAACAGGCACCGGGAGCAAAUGAAUAACUGCAGCAAGAAAUAGCUAAGCAUGGUUCUGAAAUCCCAACAUUGAAAAAAAAGUGAGACCUAUAAUGCUCAAAAGGAACCAACAAAAAUAAAGAUAUGGCCUCUUUAUGUUUUAAAUAUCUUUUGGGAAAGAUCUUGGUUGGACACUACCCUCUGUGGAUUAGAGUACCUUUGUCAGAACUGGAUUUUCCUAAUUUUCCUCACUAAGGAUCACAGAAAGAGCAAGUCCGUCUUUGAAGAGAUCAAAAAUAGCACAUUCAUCAAAAGCACUGCUGUCAGAGCCCAGAGGAGAGGACACAAGGCUGGGACCAGGGGCCAGGCUAGAGGCAGUGCCUCCAGCCCUGUGAGCACUAGAAGCUUGGUAAAUAUAGCUUAUCUGGCUGAACAACACUGACCAUCUUGGCUGACCUGGAACUGAGGGGCUUCCCCAGGACACAGAUCUUUCCAUGCUACUAAAACUGCCACUGAAUUGGUGGAGCCCCAGACACUACUCUAGGUUCUUGGAAUAUUCCAGUGAACAAACCAGAAGAAAACUGUUGUCAUGAAGGUCGAUUGACAGUGAAUAGAGAAGAAGAGAGCACAAGACAGGAGUUAGGGGCCUAGACCCUGAGGAAAGAAAAGAGAUCUCUUUCUAAGACAAAAGACAAGGCAUUCAGGGAGCUUCGGAGACCCAGAACAGUGAAGUUCAAAGUCAGAAAGAUAAAAUGGAGAAACCAGAGAAAAGAGAAGACAAAGUUAAAAUUGUCCCAGUGAAACAGUACUCUUCAGUACAUUUUUUAGCAAACACCACAGAUUCAGAUUCUACAACACUGCCACGGUCAUGGUCAUUGUCCCAUGAAAUUCCGCUCAGUUGCUAUCUGUCUAGUGCUCAGAUUAGUAGAGUAACUGCAUCCACAAUGGGGCCAAUGGCUUCUAAAUCUGUAAUCAGCUUUCCCCAAGAAGACAGCAACAUGGGAAUCAACUACUUCCUACUUCCCAAGAAACAGGCCCUAUCAAACUCUGACUCCCAGUUGCCUGUGAUUGGGGAAGGAGAGGAUUACUUCCUUUCUUUGUUUGGUGAUUCCAGUAAAUUUCUUGCCAGUUCAAACCGUACCAAAGAUACCUACAGACGCUUUUCCACAAUUCUUGAAGAAGUUGGCUCCUCUAUGUCCAGUUCUCUUGGAGACAUUGAAAUAGCUGAAGUGAAUGUCAAGGGUUUGUUUGUGAGGCUUCUUAACUCUUCUCUUGACAAAGAACUGGAGAUUGGAGAUCAUAUUCUCCAGCAGAAUGUGAAGGGACAAGCAGUUUCUUUGUACCGAUUCCUUCCAAAUAUCGUAAUGCAGGCCAGUUCCACAGUGACGGUAUGGGCAGCAGCAUCUGAAGCCAAGCAUCAUCCACCCUCAGACUUUCUUUGGAAGGAACAAAACAAAUUUAGAACAAAUCCAGAUUGUACAACGAUCCUGUGCAAACCCAACGGGGAAGCUAUUGCUUGGUAUACUCCUAUUCACUGGAAACAGGCAUGGGAAAAAUUAGAGACCGACAUUGAAUUUGACAGACGUUCAAUAGUAACUCCAACAUUCAGAAAGCACAUUUUUCGGUGGACAACAUCCACAGCUACAAUAACUAAAGAAAACCAAGAUCAACCAAAGGAAGAUACCUCAACAUGUCUGGUAGAACAAGCUCCACUUUCUAUUAGGAGAGAAAAGGAAAUCCCACCAAGUCUUUUCCCCAAUCGCAGCCCUUGGGGCCACAGUCCCUGUGUUCCUGCACAUCCUUACUGUCCCCUGAUUGAACCGUACAACACAUGCACCACUGGAAACAACUUGGGUAGACAGCCCAGGUCUCAGUCAACCAGGCCUGAUCCAGCCCCAGGGACCAAGAAAAAAAAGAAAUCUAAGUUACAAAAAUAAUAAACAACCAACUCAAAUUUUAAAGUUUCACCUUUACUAUGUCACAGUUUGAUUUUAUGAGAAGAAUAAAGAAUCCUGAAGUCCAGGCUCCUCACUGUGCUGUUGAAAGACAUUCUAUAAUUUAAAGAACACUAAGCACAUUCUCCAUUUCCUCUUCUGUAGAGGAGGUACAGAACACAGUCUCAGGUGUGAGGCCUCCUGCUAAGACUUCUACAGAGACAUCAAGCCAACUGCGCACAGGAAAACAAAGCCUUCCUUUACUCUAUUACACUUUAAGUGUGUUCCUUGGUUUCUCCAAGUAUGGUACAUUUUACUCAGAUCUUUAAAGGAAAAGCUGAUUAGGUACUACUCAAGUACCACCAAGAUGGAAAUAAAACACAUAAACAUUAACAAAUGGGUUGCUGGUGGGCACAGUGUUGCACACCUAUAAUCCCAGCAGCUCAGGAGGCUGAGGAAGGAGAAUCGUGAGUUCAAAGUCAGCCUCAGCAACUUAGAGAGGCCCUAAGCAACUCGGAGAGACCCUGUCUCU